GCGGUUGGAUUAGAUGAGAAGAGAGUAUAAAAUGAGUACUAACUAAUAACUUAAUUCAAAUAAUAUGGUCCCCGCUUGCGGGGUUUUAAGCUUUAAAAUGUAAACACUCAAAUAAUAUCCUCUGAAAAUUCAGCAAAAAAAAGCAAGCUUUGAUAAUCAAAUUUAAUGGAGGCAGUGGUAGUUGAUGCUGGUUCCAGUCUUCUCAAAGCUGGCUUCGCUAUUCCUGAUCAAUCCCCACCUCUCGUAAUUCCUACCCAGAUGAAAAAAGUCUUGGAGGAUGGUACAACUGUAAAUGCUUCACCAGUUGUGGAUGUAGCAGUUGAUCCCAUUGUGCGUGGCUUUAUUAGAAAUUGGGAUGCCAUGGAGGAUUUAUUGCAUCAUGUUCUAUAUACUGGCCUUGGAUGGGAAAUGGGAAACGAAGGGCAGAUUUUAUUUGCAGAUCCACUUUUAACUCCAAAGGCCCUACGAGAGCAAUUGGUCCAGUUACUGUUUGAAACUUUUAACGUCUCGGGAUUUUAUGCAGCAGAACAAGGAGUACUGUCACUAUAUGCUGUAGGGCGUAUUUCUGGCUGCACAGUUGAUGUUGGUCAUGGGAAGAUAGAUAUUGCACCAGUCAUUGAAGGUGCGGUUCAUCAUAUUGCUUCUAGGAGAUUUGAGGUAGGAGGUAUUGAUUUGACGGAAUUCCUUGCUCAGGAACUUGGAAAAUCAAAUUCAGACGUAAAUCUGAAAUUGUCUGAUGUUGAGAGAUUAAAAGAGAAGUAUUCCUGUUGUGCUGACGAUGAACUUGCUUAUGAGAAGCUAUUACGCAACUGUCAGAAAGAACAACAUACACUUCCUGAUGGCCAGACCUUAUCUGUUUGUGAUCAGGUCAUUACAAUAGGAAGAGAAAGAUACCUUGUUGGGGAGGCAUUAUUUCAGCCUUCUAUCUUGGGUUUGGAAGACCAUGGAAUUGUUGAGCAGCUGGUACAUAGUAUCUCCACUGUGUCAUCUGAGAAUCAUCGUCAGCUUCUGGAAAACACAGUGCUUUGUGGUGGCACAUCCUGCAUGACUGGUUUUGAAGAGAGAUUCCAGAAAGAGUCAAGCUUGUGUAGCUCGGCCAUUCGUCCUUCUUUGGUUAAGCCGCCAGAGUAUAUGCCUGAAAACUUAACCAAGUAUUCGGCAUGGAUUGGAGGUGCAAUUCUUGCCAAAGUAGUAUUCCCUCAGAAUCAGCAUGUGACCAAGGCAGAUUAUGAUGAAACAGGGCCUUCCAUUGCUCACAGAAAAUGCUUCUGAAAGUUGCAGUUUCCUCCAUGCUUGGGUUUCACCUGUACACUUUGUAACAUAUUUGAGUAGGUAGUUGGUUUUGUAAAAAUUCGAUGCUGAUCAAUGUCAAAUAAAUGCAUCUCUUUCUUAAAGUAUGCUUGUGUGCAGAUGUGCUCUUCAGAAUUCAAUAGUAGUGUAAAAAUAUGUACAUCUUUAAUCCACAUUUUUGUAAUACCAGUGUAUUUUUGU